UUGACUCACUAUGACCGUUGAUUCUACUAGCUACGAAAGCGUCAAACAUUUGCCAUUCGCCGGUAACCAGUUCCCGGCUGUGGUGACUGAACCCAUUAUGUUUAACCUUGCUAAAAAUGGCCAGCCAGUAACACUUUUAUGUAUUAACGAUGCAUCCCAAGUGCCUCCGCUGUUAAUGAGGGUACUUUACCGGGAAUUUAAGUACAUUGUGGAUGAAGGAUUAACGUACCCCCACCACGUGACCAUGGACUAUCAGGGGUUCCAGGAGUAUUGGUUCCACCACUUUGUGGGGGUCUUGGUGGAGGGCCACUACGCAUCGGUGCAAGAGUUGCCAAUAGAGGAACUGGAGCAGUUCUGGGAUGAACGGUAUUUGGGUGACUUCUACGUCAAACCCAACUAUAUCGGCCGGUGCUCACAUGUGUGCAAUGCUGGUUUUAAGACGCACCAUGGUAAGAGAGGGCUUGGGUUGGGUAAGGAAUUGGGGCGCAAAUACUUGGAGGUAGCACCGCAGUUGGGGUAUAAAUAUUCGGUGUUUAAUUUAGUGUUUGAGACCAAUAAAGCGAGUUUGAAGAUCUGGGACGACUUGGGGUUCGAGCGGAUUGGGUAUGUGAAGAAUGCGGCGGUGUUGAAGGGACACGAUGGGUUUGUGGGGGCGGUGAUGUUUGGAAAGGAUCUUUAGGCAGACUAGAAGACAACCUAGACACACUUAGAGGCCACUACACAUAGCCUGGUACACGUAGCCUGGCAAAUAUAGACACUGAACAUAGAUACUGAACAUAGACGCUGAAGACACCGAAGACACGGAACAUCAUGUAGGCCGUAGAAAGGAUAUAAUGUUUUCAUUCUGUACAAUACU